GUCAGAAUAAGACAGCGAAAUAAUAUACAUACUACAUGAUCGAAGUAGAGAUUUUAUUUUUUUUUAGUUUUAAAACAAAUUCAGCUUUAUAAGCAGAAGAUACUGCAAUUAUUGAUUCCGAAAAUGAGUGCAAAUACUAAUGAAUCUGAUUUACAAAAAGAAUAUGAAGCUGCUUUGAUAGGGCAUAUAGCAAGGAGGCAGUUUAUGUACGACACUACUCAUGAACAUUAUACUAAACUACACCUUCGUCGUGAUGCUUGGCAAGAAAUUGCAAGAGACUUGAAUCGAACAGUGAAAGAACUUAAAAACAAGUGGGAAGCGUUAAGAUAUAGCUAUAGAAAAUAUUAUAGGAAGAUAAACAACCGAUUAAGUGAAGGAAAGAGUGUAGUAAAAUGGGUUCACUAUGAAAGGAUGCAAUUUCUCAACGGUCACAUAAAAUUAGAAGAGAUUUUACCAUCUGAAGAAGCAGAGAUACAAAAGGAGUUUGAUUCAAGAUUAAUCAAGGAGAUUGAAGGCAAAACGUGUUUAUACGACCCGAUGAGUGAGUAUUUUGCAAAUAUGAAGGUUAGAACGGUAGUUUGGAAACAAAUCUGUGAAGCCAUGAAAGCGACUGCUGAAGUUUGUAAAAAGAGAUGGUAUUAUUUGCGUGAAACAUUUCGAAGUCUUCAUAAAAAGGAAACUGAGGAUAAAAGAGAAGUUGACUGGGUUCACUACAAAAACCUUCAGUUUUUGUUAUGUGCCUCAAAUUGUACUGCGACCGAUAUAAAGCCCGUUUUAAAUGAAGAACUCUCCAAAACGGAUAAUUCUUUAGAAAAGUUCAAACUAACAGAUGAGGUUUUACUCAAAUGGGAAAAUGAAUCAGAAAAUAUGGAUUGUUUUGAGUACUGCGAUGUUCCAGAUGAAAAACCAAAUGUUGAACUAGAUCUUGAAGUACCACGAAAAUGUGGAGAAAUUUUAAUUACGAAAACUGAAAACUUUUCAUAUAAAUGUUGCAUUUGUAAUGAAAUUAUGCUAAAUAUAGAACAGUUUAGCAAGCAUAUUUUGGACAAACAUAUGGGACGCAACGAAACUGUAUCUAUUUUCGAAACUGAUAUAAAAGAUGCUCUUGAGAAGAAUGAAUCCGAGAUUGAUUUUGAUGCCGAUAUAUUUGACGGGCAUGAUUCAAAUGUUACAAAAGAUAAUGCACAAGAAAAAAGUCGUGCUGCUCCCAAAAAAGAGAAAGCUAAACGUCCAGCUAAAUAUAAUAAAAAACGGUCCCAAAAAGAUACGUUAAUCGAUGAGAGUUUAAAAGAAAAUCCAGACAAUGAUCCAGAAACUGCAACUUUAAAACGUAAAAUUUGGAAUCAAUCAUCCACAAUUGAGAGAGUGGGAAAAUAUCGUUGUAAAGAAUGUUGUUUUUCAUUUGAUAAAGAAGAAAAUUUAAAAAAACAUGAGGAAGUACAUCAGGACUUUUUUAUAUUUGAGAGAAGAAAAGGAGGAGAAUUUAAAUGUGACCAAUGCGAUAAGACAUACACAUUUAAUUAUCUAUUGCAAAGGCACAAAAGAUUGCACACUGGAGAGCGACCUUACGCCUGUACGAUGUGUGAUGCGAAAUUUCGGCAUUAUAAUACUUUAAAAGAACAUUAUGUGUUUCGACAUUCAGAAGAUAGACCAUUUCCGUGCAGACACGAAGGGUGUGGUAAAAGUUUUAAAACAAAAGUGUCAAGAACUUUUCAUGAAACUAUCCAUAGUAAAGAAUUGAAAUUCCAAUGUGAUGAAUGUGGUAAACGUUUUCCAAGAAGUAGCUACUUAAAAAGACACCGAGGUACAUGGCACAUGGAUAAAACUGAUCGGCCUUAUAAAUGCCCUACAUGUCCAAAAUCUUUCUGUACUCAACGCAAUUUAAAGUAUCAUAUUUAUACGCAUACUGGGGAGCGACCAUCUUGUUGCACCAUUUGUCCUGCAAAAUUUGCUAAGCCGUGCGGUUUAAAAGAGCAUAUGAAAGUACAUACAGGUGAAAAAAAUUAUUCCUGCGAUUUUUGCGGAAAAAAUUUUGCGCGAAGAACCGGUUUAAUGAGACAUAGGAAAACGCAUGGGGACAUUAAAGUGAAAAAUUUAGAAACAAAUUAGAUGUUUUGGUCAUUCUAUUCUAGUAUUAAAAAAAAAUUUUCCAACGAACAAGAAAAAAGUAUUCUCUCCUUCAAACUUGACAAAACUCAAGAUAAAUUGUUUUGAAUAUUUUUUUCAAUUUCUAGAUUUCACAAAAUUUAUAUUUAUAUAUAAUUAUGAAAGGAUUUAUUCUCAAUUUUAAUUAUAAUUAAGUAACCUAUGCAUUUCAAAAAAAAUUUUUUAUAAAUAAGAUGGAGAUAGUAUAAAAUAUCAAAAUUUAAUAUACGUACAGUAGAAUCUCCAUUAGUUGACCACUCAAGGGUGAAAGAAAAAUGUUCACCAUAUAGAGGUGGUUCAAUUACAGAAAAAAAUUUUCCUUUCCAUUUCAUUGAUUUUAAAAUUUAAACAAAUUUAUACACAAUAAAAAAAUUUUUGUAUACAAUACAUAAUAUACAUAAUAUUGUAUAUAAUAAUACACAAUGAAAAAAUUAUUACUUAAAAUUUAUUCUCUUGUAUUUUACAUACAAGUAUGUAAAAUACAUAAAACAUAAAGUGUAUUCAGUGACAUUAAUUUAUAUUUAUGUUAAUAUAAAUUAUUCAGUGAUUAAUUUAUAUUUUAUAUUUAUGUGAACACUUAUAUCAAAUAUUUUCCAUUUAUCUUUGUUUACAAAUGAACUGUAACCGCUGUUUUUUAAUUGUAUGAAAACACAUGGAGGGUUUUACUGUAUAUGUACUUUUUUAUUUUCAUUAGGUAAAGUUUGUGUUAGUUAAAAUUUCUGUCAUCGUUCAUUAAUUUACUUAAGAAAGCAAAAUAAUAAAUCAUGACUUAAGCAAAGUAUGUAAGUGUAAUAAAAUCAACAUUUUCGAGAUUUUAUAAUUAAUAUCAAUAAAACAAUGAUUCCACUAGGUUAAUACAUACAUACAUAUGUAGUUCUGUUUUAAAAAUAAAGAACGAUUGUGCAAAAAAAUUAGUCACCUUAUGUUUUUGCCUGUUAACACUUUACGAAAAUUUUAUAUACAUACAUACAUACCACUCGUGAAACCAGGGGCUUUACUAUGUAAUCAACCAAUUUGUAUGGUACUACCUUAGAAUUUAUGCUAAACGAAAAUCGAAUUACAUAAGACCCCAAGACAUGAAUAAAAAAAAACAAAAAUAGACAAACAAAAAAUAGAACAUGCCCGUCACAAUUCGAGAAGGAUGUGACCAUCCUGAGGAAGGACCAAGUCGGGACAAACCCCAUUGCAUGAGAACGGGCGAGGUUGCAAGGGAAAUGGAGACCGACCCCCGUCAUGACCCUUCCAACAACCGUAAAAAAAAUUAAGGAAUACAGGAUAGUCGGAGCAAACCCUCUAAACCCGCAGAGGCUGGCUCAGAGAGCACAACUGCACGGAGGAAGGAAAGCAAAGAAAAGGGGCAGUAGGAAAUAGUCCCACUUACCAUCUGGGUAACCUGGUGACUUAGAUUAUCCCUAUCGUCGGGAAAUCGUUGAGCCUGGUGUCAGAUGUUUUCUGAAGCAGAGAAAACUCCCUGAAGAUACCAGGAAACUAGCGGAAAGAGACUUGCUGGAAACUCACCUGCAUGAGCUCACGGGAGGGAAAAGGGGACAAGAGUUUUUGACAACUCAUUUUGACUGAGGAGACAGCGGAACGGUUUACCGGGCGGGCACAAAUUCUAGAAAAGGGACAGCACUAGUUUCACAAAAGGUAGACGACUUCAUGAAGUCCAUGCCAUCACCUUCUUCGUCCGAAGUGCGGAACAGGAUUUUAACAGAAUUCUGACGAUCUACAAUCUACGUAGAUAUAU